AUGAGGGCAACAAGGGCUGCCAGAUGGCUCAAUAGCCGUCUGAUACUGGGCGCCCAGCAGUCAAGCUGUGGUAGCCAUUCUUUUACUAUAUCUGCUGCUGCCCCCGCCUGGGAGAGUCGACGAGCUUUUAGCCAGACCAAGCGAGUCUGCAAUGCUGCUCAAGAAGCUCUCAAGAAAGCUCAGGAAGACGCUGCCAGUCUGACACCAGAAUAUGUCGCCGCAAACAUGUCCACCGAGGAGGCCAAGCGUCUCUCUCGAGUGCGCAACAUUGGUAUUGCUGCACAUAUCGACAGCGGAAAGACAACUGUUAGUGAGCGAGUCCUGUUCUACACCGGCCGAAUCAACUCGAUCCACGAGGUUCGAGGCAAAGACUCUGUCGGCGCUAAGAUGGACUCUAUGGAACUCGAAAGGGAAAAAGGCAUCACCAUCCAGUCUGCGGCUACGUUCGCUGACUGGAAGAAAACGGAAAACGGCAAAGAGGAAACCUACCAUUUCAACCUGAUUGAUACACCUGGUCACAUUGAUUUCACUAUCGAAGUCGAGCGAGCUCUGCGAGUCCUCGACGGUGCUGUCAUGAUUCUGUGCGCUGUUUCUGGCGUCCAGUCUCAGACUAUCACCGUCGACCGUCAAAUGAAACGUUACAAUGUCCCCCGACUCUCCUUCGUCAACAAGAUGGACCGAAUGGGUGCCAACCCCUGGAAGGCCGUCGAGCAGAUCAACACGAAGCUCAAGAUUCCCGCCGCCGCUAUUCAGAUUCCUAUUGGUGCCGAAGACGAGUUCCUGGGCGUUGUAGACUUGAUCAACAUGCAGGCUAUGUACUUUGAAGGUCCCCGUGGUACCAAGGUUCGCGUCACCGACCAGAUUCCCGGUCCUCUCCAGGACUUUGCCAAGGAGAAGCGCCAGGCCCUGGUUGAGAAGCUUGCCGAUGUCGAUGACGAAAUUGCCGAACUGUACCUUGAUGAGCAGGAGCCUUCGAAUGCUCAGAUCAAGGCUGCUAUCCGCCGCGCUACUAUUGCACGUGCUUUCACUCCUGUUAUGAUGGGCUCUGCCCUCGCUGACAAGGGUGUUCAGCCCAUGCUCGAUGCCGUCUGUGACUACCUGCCUAACCCCUCUGAGAUCGAGAACACUGGUCUGGACAAGUCCAAGGAUGAGAAGACUGUUAAGCUUGUUCCCUACGACUCUCUUCCUUUUGUCGGUCUUGCCUUCAAGCUCGAGGAGAACAACUAUGGUCAACUCACCUACAUCCGCGUCUACCAGGGCAAGCUGAGCAAGGGCACUUACCUCUUCAACUCCCGAACUGAUAAGAAGGUCCGAAUUCCUCGAAUUGUCCGCAUGCACUCUAACGAGAUGGAGGACGUCUCCGAGGUUGGUGCCGGUGAGAUCUGCGCCGUCUUUGGUGUCGACUGUGCUUCUGGUGACACUUUCACUGAUGGUGGCCUCCCCUACACUAUGUCUUCUAUGUUCGUCCCCGAUGCUGUCAUGUCUCUCUCUAUCAAGCCCAAGCGAACUGGAGAUGCCGACAACUUCAGUAAGGCCAUGAACCGUUUCCAGCGUGAGGAUCCUACUUUCCGUGUCCACGUCGACGCCGAGAGUGAGGAGACCAUCAUUUCUGGCAUGGGUGAAUUGCAUCUGGAAGUUUACGUUGAGCGUCUGCGACGUGAGUACAAGACCGACUGUGUCACUGGCCAGCCUCGUGUUGCCUACCGAGAGACUAUUGCCCACCGAGCCGACUAUGAUUUCCUCUUCAAGCGACAGAGUGGUGGUCCGGGUGACUUUGCUCGUGUUGCUGGAUGGAUCGAGCCCAACGAUGAGCCUGACAAGAACCACUAUGAGAGCCAGGUCGUCGGUGGUAACAUUCCCGACAAGUUUCUUUCUGCUUGUGCCAAGGGUUUUGAUGCUGUCUGUGAAAAGGGACCUCUCCUGGGCCACAAGGUUAUUGGCGCCAGGAUGGUUGUCAACGAUGGUGCCACUCACGUUACUGAUUCCUCCGAUCACGCCUUCAACCUUGCCACACAGAUGGCUUUCAAGAAGUCCUUCCCUGAAGCCGGUGGCCAGGUCCUUGAGCCUCUGAUGAAGACCACUAUCACUGCCCCCAACGAGUUCCAGGGUAACAUUCUGAUGCUUAUGAACAAGCGCAACGCUACCAUUCACGAUACCGAUAUUGGCAGCGAGGACUUUACUCUUAUCUGCGACUGCAGUUUGAAUGCCAUGUUUGGCUUCAGCUCCCAGCUUCGUGCCGCUACCCAGGGCAAGGGCGAGUUCAGCAUGGAAUUCAGCCACUACGCUCCCGCCCCCCCUCAUCUCCAGAAAGAGUUGGUCGCCAAGCACCAGGCUGAGAUUGAGGCUAAGCGAACCAAAUAA